AUGAUCAUAUCAGCUCCCGCCACAGCCACGGCGGCACCGAUCCUCACCCUACCAGACGAACUUCUCCUCGUGAUAUCAAGACACUUCGAUGUUGCCUCUCUCCACUCACUCACACGCACCAACCGCCGGUUCUCAAAGCUCUUCAGCCCCUCCCUCAAAGCCGCCGCGGUCCUCCACGGCAUCAACGGCAAUCCCGCCCUCAACGUAGCCGCAAAGCACGGCUGCCUCGACCUCGCCCGCCUCGCGCUCGCCAAUGGCAACGACGCCUCCGCAACCGACACCCACGGCCAGACACCCCUCCACUGGGCAUCCACCGCCGGCCAUGCCCACAUCAUCCGUCUCCUCCUGGAGCACGGCGCCAAGCCACGGGCCCUCAACUCCACUGGUACCGGCAUCACCCCUCUCUACUGCGCCGUGAAGAACGGUCACUACGAAGCCGUCGACACACUCCUCUCCUUCCAGUAUGGCGCCCUCGUCACCGGCGCCGGCCGCGACGAAACCGGCGCCACAAUCCUCCACUGGGCUGCGCUCCGCAACCCCCACAUCAUCCAGCGCCUCGUGCAGUGUGCGCGCUUGUACAAGGACGUGGGCUUCGAUAUCAACAUUGUCGACGGCGCCGGCGAGACACCGGUGCAUUGGGCCGCAAGGGCGGGGCAAUACCGCACGCUCAGGGCGCUGGUCGCCGCCGGCGCAAAGGUCGAUGUGGUGAGCGGCGUGGGAAAGACGCCGCUCCAUGUGGUGUUUGAAGGGACGCCGCAUGAGAAGACGGUGGAUGCACUGCUGAAGGCCGGCGCGGGGAUCAAUGUGGAGGGACCAGCAAGGGAGACGGCGCUCCACAUGGCCGUCAAGUCGGAGGCGUGCUCGGCUAGCGUGGUCAUAUAUAUGGUUGAGCAUGGUGCGGCGAUCGCGGCGCGGACGGACACGGGGGAGACGGCGCUGCAUCUGGCGGCUGUGCGCGGGAGCGAGCUGGUGGCGUGGUAUCUUAUCGAUAACAAGGCUGACAUCGACGCUAUGGACUACCGCCAGAAGACGCCGCUGCACUGCGUGGUUGAUGUGGGGCUUGGGUUCUGGCGGAACCCGCUGGUCAAUUUGUUGUUGGAGAAGGGCGCGAAUGUGAAGCUGGAGGAUAUGAACGGGGAGACGGUGAUUGAUGCGGCGAUGCGCGCGGACUCGGGGCUGGAGGAGUGGGAGCGUGAGAAGAUUCGGGAGGUGUAUCCCGCGUGUGUGCCGUAUGUGCCGGCGGAGUAUAGGGAGCCAGAGGCGUUUGUGCAGGCGCAGACGAGGCCAAUCGACGAACGUCCAUCAUCGUGGAAGGUAUUUGAGAGGGAGAGUAAGAAGGAGGCUAGGUCCAGCUUGGAGAGCGUCAAGAAGCUGUUUAAGGCGACUAGGACUUCGAGAUAUCGCAUGUCUAGAUCUUAG